GGCGGAGCUAAGGGCGGAAGACGCAUGCUGCAGGGCACCGGAAGUGAGACUUUAGUAGGUGCAGUGAAGAUUUGCAGCUGUCAAAACACAGAAUCCGAAGUGAGGGGGGACUGAAAACUGUACACUUAUCAAAUCUAAACGCUUUCAAUAUCUCCUGAAACAAAUAUGGCGUCUGUUGUUGACCUGAAAUCAAAGGAGGAAAAAGAUGCAGAACUGGACCGUAAGAUUGAAGCUUUGAGGAAGAAGAAUGAGGCUCUUAUCAAGAGGCACAAGCUAAUUGAAGAGGAUCGCAAGAUGGCCGAACAAGAGGGCAUUGCAAUCACCGCUCAGAGGAAAGGCAAGCAGUCUGAGACCGAGCCCGACAAAGCCCGCAAGGAGAAGGAGAACAAAUCCAUCACAGUUGAAGCCGGGGAAAAGUGGGUUGCAACUGAAAGAAAAUCUCCUAGAUCUUCCCACCCGAUAAGCAACAUUGAAACAACACCAAAAAGUCCAACUCGGAGGGGCAGUGGUAGGACAAGAACAUUUUCAGGAGGGAGGUCACUCCAGAAGGAAGGGUCGGGGGAUGAAGAAAGAGUCUACCAAUCAGAGAGACCAACGAGAGGCCGCAGGAGCCACGGAACUGACCAACCGUUUAUGGGAGAUGAGGACCAACAUCAUCCAGAACGUCCAAUGCGUAGCAGGAGGAGCCUAGGUAUGGAUUCAAGGAGACCAGCAAGAGGAGCAGUAGAUGCGUCCACUCCAGAAAGAUGGGCGUCUUACACCAGAGGUGGCGGAAGAGGAGGUGGGACACCCGGAAGAGGAGGUGGGACACCCGGAAGAGGGGGUGGGACACCCGGAAGAGGGGAUGGGACACCCGGAAGAGGGGAUGGGACACCCGGAAGAGGGGAUGGGACACCCGGAAGAGGAGGUGGGACACCCGGAAGAGGAGGUGGGACACCCGGAAGAGGAGGUGGGACACCCGGCAGAGAAGGACCUGGGGGUGGAGUAGACGGUACUCCAGGACCUGACAGGAAAAUCAAGGAAUGGGAAGAAAAAAGGAAGAUAAACAUUGAGAAAAUGAAUGAAGAAAUGGAAAAAAUUGCAGAAUAUGAACGGAGUCAAAGAGAUGGGGUACGAGAGAAAAACCCCAUCAGGAAUUUCCUUGAUGACCCCAGGAGGUCUGGGCCAGUUCCAGACAUAGACAGAAAGGAGGGGAGCCGCAGGCACAACCGCAACUGGGGAGGGGCCGAUUUUGAUAAAGUUAAAACUGGAAUGGACAGAGAGAAGGAGACUCAUGUGAGGAGAGGCUCUCCACGGAACCAGCUUGACAUGACUUUGUCAAUGACGGGAAGGGAGCGGGCAGAGUACAUGCGCUGGAAGAAGGAACGGGAACAGAUAGAUCAGGAGAGGUUGGCGAGACACCGCAAUGCCACAGGUCAAUGGAAGCGAGAAUGGGACGUAGAGAAGACAGAGUCCAUGUUUAAGGAUGACGCCCCCAACCCACAAAUAGACGAUGAGCCAGCGGGCAGGCGAGACAAGGGAAAACGUGGUGCUCCCAAACCGCCCACCAUGGCAGAAUUCCUUUCAGAAAGUUUCUCCACUUCCAGGAAGAGGGGCCCUAACAGAAGCCGAGGGCAGAGCAAACCUUACAGCAUGCAUGACAGCCGCUGGGAGGAACCAGAGGAGCCGCAGGAAACCAAGGAAUCAACAGAUGGACAAGAAAAGGAGACCUGUGUAGAGAAAGUGGCCGAAACUAAAGUGGAGGAGCUUCCAAAAGAAUUAAAUGCCAAAGAGGUUGUAGAGGAAGCGGAUGUAGAGGAUGAAGAGGGUGAAUGGGAAAGCGCCAGUGAAGAGGAGGAAACAAAGUCUGGGGUGUCUCCAAAUCCACCCACAACUGAGGCAGAAGAAGCAGAGGAUGUAGAAGAUGAGGAUGGUGAAUGGGAAAGCGAAGAGGAGGUUGUAGUGAUUGGCUGUUCAGUUGAAGAACAAAAUCUAACUGUCACCCCCCAAUCCUCUAGAAAAGAGCAAAAACCUUUGCAAAAUGCAGAGACUCCCAAACCGACUACACCUCCGUCAAACACAGGAAGCCCAGAAGAUUCAAAAGUGGAAUCCUUCCCAACCACCCCUUUCUCCCCUGAUGGAUACCAACCAGUAUCUGAUUGGGGGGAAGAGAUGGAUCUUCUGUCCCCUCGAGAAAGCAGCAGUGAGGACAGCCCUCCUCAAGUGCCCAACAAAAGGGAGGCAGAAGUGAGGUCUAUAGCCGAUGUCUCUCUGACAGACCCUGUGUCAGAACCACAGUUAACAGAAGCUGACCAGAUUGCAGUUGAGUGUCCCCCUGAGGAUUUAACCUCGCAUUUGGUAUCGGAAUCUCAGGACAUCCCAGAACCCAAGCAAGAUGUGGCCCUACAAAAGGAACAGAGCGCUGAGAAAUGGACUGAAGAGGUCCCUAAAGAGAAACCUGAGACCUCUUCACUUACUCCAACUGAAGAAGACAAUAAACCUCAAGUUGAUGGAGUACAAGUUGAAGAAAAGUACCAAAUUGAGAAGGACAGCUUAGAGAAGGAAACCGUACUGAUCCUCACUGACUCUAAAACGCAGAAUGACGUUGCACCAUCAUCUUGAUCGCUUCAUCUGACAAUUAAGAUUGCCCAUCCGCUUGAAUGCCAUUCGCUUGUUUUGUAAGCUUCUCGUCCGCGACUCAAGUAUGAGAUUCCAUUGGCUGAGGAACUCUCGUGCUCAUAGAAACCAUGCUCCAUCUUGAGUGUAUCUAUAUCAAAAUGAGAAUGAAACAAAUGUUUUCUCUGACGCACAUGGAUAUUUUCUGUUGGUUGAUCAUAGAGCUUGUGCUGGUAUAUGGUGCAUGGGUAUGAUAUCUUCAGUUGCACAUCAAGACUAUUUUUAAUAACUAUAAGAUCUAUAUAAAGAUGAUAACCUUUAAGAUUGGAAAAUUUUGGACAAAUGACUGUGGCAAGAUCCGUGAAGGACAAUAGGAUAAGAUAUUUUGAGAGCCCUAUAUAGGUUUACAAGGCUUUAUUAUUAAUAUAUAAUUGUAAAGAUUUUUGUUAGUUGAAGGUUUUA